GAGAGAGAGAGAGAGAGAGAGAGAGAGAGAGAGAGAGAGAGAGAGAGAGAGAGAGAGAGAGAGAGGAAGAAGGCCGAGAGGGGUCCGAGAGAGGUGGAAGGUCAUGGGAGAGGCAGCAGGGAUGGCGUCAAGAUUGGUUGACGAUUUGGAAGCCCAAGGCGCUGACGAAGAGCGGCUGGUUGAUUACGUGGACUACGUGGAAAAAGACAAGUUUCUUCGCGUGCAUCAACCGAGAGAAGUUCGGGUUUAUGCUCAAUCCUCUGCUCUCCUGCACAUGCUAAGAUACCGUUCCACGGUGUUCAGGAUGGUCAUCCGUGCUCCUGAAUUCUACCUGUUAAUCUUGUUGCAUACGCUCCUUCUCGUCGCCUUUCGAUUAAGGGGGAGGCUCGUAGCUAGCAACGGUGAAGUCGUGCGUUUGAGUGAUGGCCGCCCCCGCAGCCAUUGGCCUCGUAUUCAUAACGAGCUCUUCACAGUCUUGUCCUCUCUGCUCGUUUUUCUCCUCGUCUUCUACAAUAAUCAGGCUUACAAACGAUACAUGGAACAGUUCUUCGUCGCCCGAUUUAUCGAGAGCCGUAUGAGGUUUAUGACCCUUCGAUUGCGUGCCUUCUUCCGCCGACAAACCUUCCCUGCCGCUGAGCAGUCGAUGCGAGCUAUUUUUAGAUCUAUGUUGGUGGCCCAUUACUCUACGUACUUCCGGCUUCCGCGUUACGUCCGGCAUGGUGUCGACAAGUGGGGGUGGAACUACUUGCGCCAAUGCAGGCUCAUCACUGCCGAGGAGAUGCAGUCGCUAGAGAAGAAAACUGGCCCACAAAUUUUCGCGGAGGCAAUGGCCUUCAGCACGGAAGUCCUCGCCGAGCAUCUCCGACAGGGACACAUAAGUAGCGAGGUAUACGGCUUUUUCCAGGAGGAUUUCCAGUUUCUAGCUCGGUAUAUAAUGACUGUCACUACCUACGCCAACCACCCAGUGCCCUUCGCAUACUACCACUUGGCCACAAUGCUGACGGCGAUGAUGUUGAUCUUGCAAGCCUAUUCGUUCGCCUUUUACGACACCUUCUUCUCGAUUGUCGUGUACGCGCUGCUGUGUUUGGUCAUUUUGGGGUUGCGUGGGCUGAGCGGCGCUCUGGCGGACCCGUUUGGCACAGACGACGUGGACUUUCAGACCAUCUUGCCGACGGCGAGAACGCACCGGGACCUGGAGGAUAUCCUAGAUAGAGACAGCAUUUUCGGUGGUGUGAAGGUUAAGAGCCUUAGUGAGAGUAGAAAGCAACACCAGGCAGAGGUGGAGCGCCAUACGGGGUGGGCCAAGGGAGGGGCGUCGGACCUGCUUCUGAAACAGCUUCGGCAAAUGUCGUCACAGGGACAGGUUCGGGACCAGCCUCGGGACCAGGCUCGCGAAUGAGCUGGGGAAAAGGCGCAGGAGCAGGCGCAGGAGCAGGCGCGGGAACUGUGAAGGAUCCCGAACCGUCGAUGAAGUAGGCCGACAUGCAACGUCUCCCUGCUCCUGAAACAGCUUCGGAAAAUUUUGUCACAGGGACAGGUUCGGGACCAGGCUCGGGAAUAAGCUCGGGAUCGAGCGCAGGAACAGGCGCGGGAACAGGCGCAGGAACAGGCGCAAAUUGUUGGGAUGACGUUGCAUGUUGGCCCUGCUUCAACAACGGUUCGGGACCAGGUUGGGGAAAAGGCUCGGGAACAGGCGCAGGAACAGGCGGGGGGACAGGGGCGGGAACUGCUUUGGGACCAGGGUCCCGAACCGUUGUUGAAGCGUGGCCAACAUGCAACGUCAUCCCAACCGAACUGAUCUCCUUCGUUGUCUUGAGGGUCGCCUCGGCUCCCUCCACCGCUGGCCACCAGCGUUGCCGUUCACGUCCUCGAUCCCGACGAGCGGAGCUAUAUAUCUAUAUGUCUAUCAAUAUCUACAUAUGUCGAUAUAUAGAUAUAUAGAUAUAUAGAUAUAUAGAUAGUCGUGGACGGCAUAGUAUGUAUAUAUAUGGCGGCCUUGUACGCAAGAGGUUCUGAACAGGGGGAGUGAUAAGGAAGAACAUAAAAAACUGAAUUCAUUUUCUCUUGUUUUUCUUUCUUUUUCUCUUUCUUUCGCAUUUGCGCUCUGAUACUCUUGUGACAAUAUAUAUAUCGUCAUCGAGAACUGGACGGUGAACGGUAGGCAAAGAGGGAGAAGAGGACAACAAACGAUGGGCUGUGACAGACUGUUUCGUCGGAGAUCACCGACUCAUCAGGAGGCUGAAUGAGUUUUGAUAGAUUUAUGUGUUUUGAUAAAUUUAUGUUUAUUUA